CAUACCGGUCACCGUUUCCAUGGAGAUAAUUAGCAAACACCGUGGGGUUGAAACGGUGUGGUGAACAAUUUUAUAAACUUGACCCAUAUUAGGGUUAAACACACUUCACAGGUGGUUAUGGAUUUUUUCGAGGACGCCGGAGGUAGAGAGAGUGCGGUCAGACGAAGCGACGCCCCACGACCGGUAUCCAGGCGUGGAUUCAGAGAAUAUAAGAACAGUAGUUCAGCUAUAUCAAGAACUGGAAAUAUGAGGCCAACAUCAGCAUACCGAGGCAGCACAGCCUCACGAAUGUCUACAGCAGGAUUCGGACCAGCUCCACCGACAGCCAGUAGACAACCAACCGCAUUAACAGGAUUCUCAAUGAUUGAUAGACCUAUAACACAACAAGGAAUAUCGGGACUCCGAACAGGCACGGCGCGUGGAUUCCGCACACGGCAACUGCAAGACAAACGGUAUUGGGAAGAGCUCAUGCAAGUAAAGAUUAGGGAGAUGAAAGCGGAGAUAGCCCGGUUGAGUGAAGAGGCAGACGCUGGCGAGCGUGAACGUUCUGCUAAAAAACAUUAUGAGAAAAGAGUGAGAGAGUUGGCCCAAGAAUUAACUGAUUUACAAGGACGUUUAGCAGAUUAUAAUACUGCUAUUCGUAUCGCUAACGGUGAAGCUUCAAAGUAUUCUGUUGAAGAUCAAAUGAAAGAAUUGGAAGCAAGUAACAAAAAGCUACAAGAAGAGGUAGAACACGUGUUUUUGGAAAAGCAGAGGAAGGAGAAUCAGUUAAGGCAACUACGAGAGCAGAUGGAUAAGGAGCAAUCAACAAUAUCAAAGUUAUUAUCAGAAAUGACAACAGAACAGAAAGAUCAAUAUAACGAGCUAGAGACAACAGCUGCUGCAUUGCGCGAAGAAGUAGAACAAACAAGGACACAAAUUGAUGUCUUAAAUAGAGAGAAAGAAGAAUUUAACAAGGAAAUAUCUGGCUCGCAGAUAAAAGUACAUCUUCUGGAGUUACACCGACGACUAGCAACAGCAGAAGAAAAGAGAGAUAAUUUGAAAAAUGAAUUGAACAACCGAUUAGAUCCGCAAGAGGAAAGAGAGAAAUUAUUGCUUCAGGUCCGCGAAGAUAAUGCAGCAAUAGCUUCGCUGGACAGUAAUGGUGCGAACAUAAAAGAUCAGAUUCGUAAAGUGCAGGAGUUCAUCGAACAAGCUGAGCAAGAUUUAGAAGAAGGUAAUUCAGAACGUCAUCAAAAAUACCGCGAACUUAAGAAGAGAGAGGAAACAAUGGAUUCUUUCAUGUCUGCUUAUGAAGAAAAUCUGAAAAAAGAACAGGAAAAAAUAGACCAACUCGAGAAAGAUAUAGUAUUUGCCUUAGAACACAGCAGUUCAAACAUAGACCUGGAUUUGAGCGAGAUUGAUACCUUGAAGCAAAAAGAGGGAUAUACUUCUACAUAUGAUGAUAAUAAGAGGUCUGCAGACACUCUUACGAAGGACUAUGAGAGAUUCAUGACGAAUUUGAAAAAGGCAGAAUCCACACGAGAGCGACUCGCCACUGAAUUACAAACAUUACCGGAUAAAACUAAAGCGAUGAAAGAUGAACUCGUUACUCUAUCCGAUUUAGAGAGACUGAGAGAUGAAGGUGAAGAACAAAAGAAAGCAUUGGAAACUGAACUCAAAAUAUUGAGAGAGAAAUUGGCGCCAACUGAAAACGCGGUAUCGGAAGCAUCGAAUAAAUUGAAAAAACUACAGACAACGCUAGAAGGCAAUGAAAUGUAUGCGAAAUUGAAUAGUCUAGAGGAACAGUUAGCUCAACUGGAGAGCAGGAAGACAGUGUUGGAAGAGGACAUCGCCUCAAUAACACUGAAAGCUGAUUACGAGCCACUGAAGAAGCAGACUAUGGAAGAAUUGGCUGCCCUGAAUAAAAAAAUUAUUGAAGAUUUGAAUACUUCGAAAUCUUAUUAAUGUUGUUUUAUAUCGUGUCUUAGAUCAUAAAGGUUUAUUUAAUGUAGC